AUGGGCAGGGUUCCAACGAGGACCGGUCUGGCAGGGUGCACCUCGCCCGUCAGCUACCUGCAGCUCAAGUUCUGGAGGGUUUAUUCUCAAGAGGAGAGCAACCUCAUGGACUCCUACACUGUGACGCAUGCCAAGGAACUAGCACAGAGAAACCUGGAAAGCUUCUUCAAACAGACAAUGUCCCAACAUGUAAUCACUCCCUCCAACAAAGACUGGGAGAAAAUCUCUACGCUCUACAAGUUCAGCACGAAAGACUACUACUACAGCACAUUACACAAGUACGUGGAGACUGGGAUGAUGAGAAUGGCCUCGGUCAAAUCAGAUGAGUCACCUUCAGACAAUCCAGCAGUUCUUAAUUUUGUGGAUGAAGUUGGAAUGGGGCUGUAA